UUGAUGAGGAGUCUUUGAGUAUUUAAUGCUCUCUUUGUGCUUGCAAGCUCAAUUAGGGUGACCCCCCUGCCAGAAAACUCCCUGCAAUAUCCAACGGCCCACAUAGUGCGCCAUUUUUCCAAUUUCCCUCACAUGGCUUGGGUUAACCCUGGUCUAUGGUAUAUAUAAUUACCCAUAUUGAAUCGCUGCCAAGGGGAAUCGAGCCCCAGUCUCCCGCACAAAGUACAAGAGUGAUAACCACUAAAUUACGGCGCCACAAUUCAUUGCGUAGGUCCUUUUUUAUCAAUAGACCAGCAAUAAUAAUUUUCUUCUAACAUAAAAUUGUAACCCACUUUUAUAGCCAUACAAUUCUUCUGCUUGGAAAACGUUCAGAGUUACUUUCUUUGUUGACAAGAAGAGUCUUGACAAUUAAGGUAAAAGGUAGGUUGUAUGAGGCCUGUGUAAGAAGUGUUAUGUUGUUGGGUGAUCAGACAUGGGUAGUGAAACAUGAAGAUCUUGACCAUUUAGAAAGGAAUGAUAUAUGAGGAUGGUUAGGUGAAUGUGGUACCCCAGCCCGAGAGACAGAAUGAGUUCAGAUGAGCUAAGAAACAGGCUGGGUAUUUAUAUAUAGCAUUAAAAAUGAUUGAGUUGGUUGGGAAAAAUGGAGGAGGGUAAUUGGUUAGGAAAGUGUAGACUUAAUAUUUCCUGGGACAAAGCCUGGAGGUAGACAGAAAAGGACUUAGUAGCAGGUCAUAAAGACAGACUUAAUGCUAAAAAAUUGGGGUUUAGAUUUAAAACAGCCUAUACUCUCUCCAACCCAUGGUAGCAUGGAAAACAAACAGUAAGCCAAGAAGGAUGAUGAUGAUGAUGUUGAUGAUGAUGAUGAUGAUGAUGAUGAUGAUGAUGAUGAUGAUGAUGAUGAUGAUGAUGAUGAUGAUGAUGAUGAUGAUGAUGAUGAUGAUGAUGAUGAUGAUGAUGAUGAUGAUGAUGAUGAUGAUGAUGAUGAUGAUGAUGAUGAUGAUGAUGAUGAUGAUGAUGAUGAUGAUGAUGAUGAUGAUGAUGAUGAUGAUGAUGAUGAUGAUGAUGAUGAUGAUGAUGAAGAUGAGAAUGAGGAUGAUAAUGACGAAUCAAACAUUUUAAUUGCUAUUUCUGUUUUUUUAUUUGACAAUAUUAGAGAAGUUAUACAUAUGUAUAUAAAUGUUUUUGUAUUUCUUUUACAUUACCUUUUACAUUAUGCUUAGUAGAUAAAAAUGAAUGAAGAAAAUGAAGCACAAAGGCAGUACCUCUCUUCGAUUGGUGUAUGUGAAAGAUGUAUAUUAAGACAUUCUACAAUUAUAUCCCACAAAUUUGAGAAAAACGUUGAGAAAGAUAGUCAAAAGACACCUUUUUGUUGUGGUUCCUGUUUAGGAAUAUUAGAAGAUAGUUAUGUCCAGGAAACGAUUGACAGGAUGACUGAAAAGAUAAACGAAUCAAACUAUGACUCCUCAACUUUUUGUUUGGCAAUAUCAUUGCCACAGUGUUUAGUAUUAAGAGAGAAAUCAUUAAUGUUAGCUCUAAAGCAAAACAAAAUAACAAUCCCACAGUUAUCAAGGGCUGGUCCUUUGUCUGUAAAAGACGCUCUAAGGUUUAGUGUCAUUUCCAAAUUGGAGAAAAUUAUUAACAAAAAACAUGAGAGUAAGAGUGAUUUAUUAAUUGAUUUAAUCUAUGGCUACACAAAAGAUGCAGAAGAGAUAUCAAAACUUAAACCGUUGCUGUCCCAACAAAAGUCAAAAAAAAGAAAGUAUCAUCACAAGGGUAAGCAGCAACCUGAUCGAAGUAUACAAGACAUUGCACAAGCAGUGGAGAAAUUGAAUGAUCUUCAAAUUCCUCACUAUACAUCGUGUCCACCUCAGAGUUCAACUGUUCCUUGUUCUAUUUCUGUCAAGACUCUCCAAGGUUCUAUUUUUAUUGCAGGAAGAUACAACAAAUAUUCUAGACAUCUAAGCCAAACACCCUGGAUCGUUGAUGGUGCAAGAAAGACUGAAACUUCUGUACAGGAACUGAUAUGUGGACCAUUACAGGAAGCGUUAAAAGCAACCGAAACAAAGUUUCUUUCAUCUGGCAGAGAAGAUGUAGAUGUGAAGAUGUUAGGAAAAGGUCGACCAUUUGCUGCUGAGUUGAUCGACUCAAAGAGAACAACAAUAUCACAGGAUGAAAUUAUUAAACUGCAAAAUGAUAUAAACAGCUCGACAGAACUAAUAGCAGUUCGCGAUUUGCAAGUCGUCUGCAGAGACGACCUUUCAAGUUUAAAGCAAGGUGAAGAAGAGAAAAAGAAAUGUUACAGGGCAAAAAUUUGGUGUGAAAAAACUAUUUCCGAUGACUGCAUCGACAAACUGAACUCAAUGAAGGAUGUGGUGGUUGAGCAAAAGACUCCAAUACGCGUUCUCCACAGACGCCCUAUUAUGGUGCGACCCCGUAUCAUACACGAACUCGCGAUGAAGCGAAUAGACGAUGUGCAUUAUGAUUUGAGUUUGAAAACACAAGCUGGAACUUACAUCAAAGAAUUCGUUCAUAGCGAUUUUGGUAGAACAGUACCAUCAUUGAGAAGUUUAUUAGAUGCAUCUGUUGAUAUCGUGGAACUGGACGUAGAUGCUGUUGAACUUGACUGGCCGCCCAGUCUUGCAACAAAAACUUUAUUGGCCGCCCAGUAUUGCAAUAGAAACUUUAUUGGCGCACAGUCCAGCAGCAGAAACUUGAUUGGCCUCCCAUUCUCGCAACUUACAGCAAACUAACUGUAAAAGAUAUAUAUCGUUAAGUUUAUAUACCUCAGUGGAAAUAAUUUUUGCGAAAAUUAUUGAAAAACUCGCUUUUCGCGAAAUUCGCAUGAAAAUAA